UUAAUUCGUGUUGUGUGUGUGCUACGGCUGCUAGUCACUCAUUCUGCGAGCUGCUCUCGUGCGUAUUCGGGUAGCUGCAAGGACCAACUCGAAUAUUGCUAUCAGAAUACAGUAGUUGGAAAACAUACAUUUCUUCAGAACACUGAAAUCGUUGUCAAGUCUGUCCAUCUAUUCUUCAAGGAGAAUAUCUUUGUGAUAUUGCAAUGCUUCAAACAAGGUAUCUCAUCUGGGCAUUGCUCUUUGGCUAUGCAGCCUCCCUGCAGGUGGAGAUCACCCCGAUGCAAGGAGAGAUCAGUAUGGGGGAGUCCAAAUUCUUCCUCUGUGAAGUUGUCGGAGAUGUAAAGGACAUUGAUUGGUAUGCCCCGAACGGCGAGAAGCUCCUACCGAACCGACAGGACAUCCUCGUGAACCGCAAUGACGAGUCCUCGUCCACUCUCACGAUCUAUAACGCCAAUGUGGACAAUGCCGGCAUCUACAAGUGUGUUGCCAAAAAUGGAGACAAGGAGUCUCAGGGCACCGUCAACGUUAAAAUCUUCCAAAAGAUAACCUUCAAGAACGCCCCUUCCCCACAGGAGUUCAAUGAAGGGGAUGACGCUGACAUCAUCUGUGACGUCGUCAGCUCGCCUCCUGCUGACAUCAUCUGGAAGCACAAAGGCUCAAAGAUCCAGGUUGCAAAAGACGUUCGAUUUAAGAUCCUGACCAACAACCACCUCCAGAUCCGAGGCAUCAAGAAAACAGAUGAAGGGGCGUACACCUGUGAGGCUCGUGUAAUGACCAGGGGAGAGAUUGACCUAAAGAUCAUCAAGGUCAUCGUCAACGUGCUCCCUAGCAUCCGCACCAGGCAGUCAGAGAUGAAUGCCACGGCGGACGUCAACCAGUCUGUGAUGCUGGCCUGUGACGCUGACGGCUUCCCUGAACCCACAGUCACCUGGGCCCGUAACAACAUUGUCCUUGAGUCGGACGAUAAGUACGGCCUGAACAACGACGGUUCGGAGCUGAUAAUAAAAGAUGUCAAGAAAGUGGAUGAAGGAGAUUACACGUGCAUCGCCCGGAACAAGGCCGGGGAGAAAGAGGAGGAAGUCAGCUUGAAUGUGUUCGUGCAACCUAAGAUCACCUACCUAGUCAACCAGACUGCAUCAGAGCUGGAGGAGCAGAUCACCCUGACCUGCGAGGCCUCAGGAGACCCCACCCCCACCAUCACCUGGAGCUUUGGCCGCAGGAUCUUCACAGAGGGAGAGCAGGCUUCUUGGACUCGGCCUGAGACGUACGAGAGUCUUGAUGGGAAUGUUGUGGUGCGUAGUCACGCACGGGUUUCCUCUCUCACCUUGAAGUAUGUCCAGUUCACCGAUGCCGGCCACUACCUCUGCACUGCCCGCAACUCCAUCGGUCAAGACCAGCAGACCAUGUACCUGGAAGUCCGCUAUGCUCCCAAGAUCCAGGGCUCGGUGACGGUAUACACCUGGGAAGGGAACGCAGCCAACAUCAGCUGUGAGGUGCUGGCUCAUCCGGGAGCCUCAGUGGUGUGGUUCAGAGAUGGCCAGCAGCUGUCUAGCACUAACACCACCAACGUCAAGAUCUACAACACACCAGCUGUCAGCUACCUCGAGGUCACCCCAGAUUCCCAGAAUGACUUUGGAAGCUACAACUGCACAGCUACCAACAUGAUCGGAGCAGAGUCCAAGGAGUUCCUCCUGAUCCCAGCAGAUGUGCCGUCGGCACCCGCCAUCGAGCGAGUGGAGCCCUUCUCCAGCACCGCCGUUGUGGAGUUUGAGGAGCCCGAUGCCAGCGGCGGCGUUGUCAUCCUCAAGUACCGGGCAGAGUGGCGCAUGCAGGGUGAAGACUGGACCGGCAGGGAGUACGAUGCAGAGGAGGGCCUGAGCAUGAUCACCAUCGUUGGCCUGAAGCCCGAGACCUUCUAUGAGGUCAAGAUGUCCGCCAUCAACGGCAAGGGCGAGGGCGAGAGCAGCCCUCCCCAGAACUUCAAGACUGAGCCAGUCCGCUAUGCUUUCACAAGUGGCAUACCAUUUCAUUACUCUAACGUGGACUCAGUUUCGUCAGUGACACCAACCUUCAUUCCUUCAACAAGUGCAGCCCUUAAAGGGGAGCCCAGUCCCCCUAAACUGGAGGGCAAGCUGCAGACCACGGGCAACGCCCUCAAGGUCAACUGGAUCAAGCAGGACGAUGGAGGCUCGCCCAUCAAACACUACCUGAUAAGAUACAGGGCUAAGCACGUUCCGGACUGGAAGCCGGAGAUCCGCUUGCCCAACGGCAGUGAGUACGUGGUGCUGAACAGCCUAGACUGGAACACGGAGUAUGAGGUAUACGUGGUGGCCGAGAACCAGCAGGGCAAGUCGCAGCCCGGCACCCUCUUCUUCAGGACUGCAGCAGAGCCCACCGCCAUCCCAGACACUAUGCAUAGCGGCACAGGCCUAGGCACAGGGGCCAUCGUGGGGAUCCUCAUUGUGGUCUUUGUGCUGCUGCUGGUGGGCGUCGACGUCACCUGCUACUUCCUCAACAAGUGCGGCCUCGUCAUGUGCAUUGCCGUCAACUUCUGCGGCAAGUCUGGACCCGGAGCCAAGAGCAAGGACCUCGAGGAGGGCAAGGCGGCGUUCACGAAGGAUGAGUCCAAGGGGCCCAUUGUGGAGGUGAGGACGGAGGAGGAGCGCACUCCUAACCAUGAAGGGGGGGGGCCUACAGAGCCUAACGAGACCACCCCUCUGACUGAGCCUGAGCCCGCUGCUGACACUACCGCCACGGUGGUGGACUUGCUCCCUUCUGUCGCCACUAACUCUGAACCUGUCACUGAGAGCUUUAGCACAACCCAGAACAGCCCAGCUAGCGAGAGCACCACUCUCACUUCCAGCGCAGCUGUCCCAACCCCUGUCCCGGCUGAGUCCAAAACUGCCCCCAAAACCUCCCCUAAAAGCAAACCUGCCCCCGUCCCCCAGUCCAGCACGGCCAAACCUAGCACCCCCGCCUCCCAGCGUGCCACCCAAUCUGACGUAGCUCCCCUCGUUGACCUAAGCGAGGCUCCUAAAGCCACACCCUCGUCUGACCCCAAGCCCCCGACCCCCACAGCCCCAUCCUCGAAGCCAAUCAAGGUCCCCUCCAACCCCCCCUCUGCCACAGCCGAUGCCGCACCACAGAGCCAGCCCGAGUCUGUCCAAAGCCCCUCCGCCACCAGCAGUCAGAAUAAGGACUUACAGAUAGACGGCCUGGCCAAGGAUGUGUUUGAUGCCCCAGGCAAAGGCUCCAAGGCCCCGGCAGACUCCACUGCUGCACCCGCCCAGGACGACGGUAAAAUCAUGACAGGCGAUAAAAGUAAAGCCCCGGAGACAGCGACAGAGGUGAAGAAAGCCCUGUCUGAGGUUAAGACAGUCCCCAACGAAGCUGCAAAGACAAAUGGCAACGAGAGCAAAGCAUGAUCCCGACAGCGAGAAGGGAGGAGGUCGGGUGCACCACGGUCACAGACCUCCAGAGGGAAAGAAAACAUCACACACCACUCCGUCAAACAACAAAAAGCUCAAUAAAAGGGUGUUUUUCUUCAGUGUCUUCUAUGAGUUCUCCGAGCAAAAGAUGAGUUUGUUAGACAUGUAGAGCGGGAAUAAGACCUAAUGCACCUGCUUUAGUGUUUCUUUAUCUGUUAUUCCUUUUGUAAUUUUCUCUGUGUUCGCGUGAAGGAAAAUCCUUACCUCUAGUUCACUCUCCUUGACCUCCUUUUGAAUGUAACAUCAACGUUACCAGUCUUUUAAAUGGGACAGAAGCUAAGUAUCAUUGGCACAGAUAACCAUGGGAGUUGUAGCUUUACUUCAGAACAAUGCCUUUACGAUGUGCACACACCUGACCCACACACUAUUUCCAGUUAUGCUCUCUUUUGUUAUGCAGUAAUGCCAUCGUUAUUUCCACUGCUAAUGGAUUUUUGGGUACUUUUUAAAUGUUUUGUUGUGUGUUUAAAUAAUGUGCAGAAGUAACUGCAUGUUAUUGUAUCUUUAUUUUUCAUGUAUAAUUUGAGAACUAGAGAGAGCAUAUUUUUUCAUAUGUGGUUGUCUUUUGUUUUAUUUUUGUUCUUGAAUGUUUACAUUGUGUUAACUCUGUCCCAAGAUUGUGUAGACACAACAAAAACAAAAGAAGACACAGCAGAAAUACAAUGUUUAUUCCACAGUUAUAGAGGUCGGAGUUGGCGGUUAGUGUUACGCAAUUUAUUGUCUCUAAGAUUAAAUGUUUUGGUUAAUUUGUUUUGGCAAAUAUAUGAACACACUUUCUCUAACACACAAAUACACACACCUCUAUAUCUUCUUAAUGAAUGAUCCUAUUAGAUGAGCUGUGGACCUGUUCCACUCCAAGGGUUUCAGGGCUCAGCUUUAACCCCGGAAAUGUUGUAGGUCCAAGGGGUCACAGGAAGAGACGGGCAUACAGAGUAGCAUGGCUUAUGGGAGAAUGAUGUAAUCAAAGGCCGGAUAUGAGUGGUAGCAGCUGAAUGUAUGAACAGAAGUCCUUAAAAUAGCCUAGAAACAGUCUUAUUUAUUCCCCCAUUUGAUGGCUUUGUCCCAUAACUUCAGAAUACUGUGCCUGUUGCGAACAGCACUUCCAAUUUAGUGAUUGAUUGAGCUUCAUCUCAAAAUGCAAGGGAAUAAAAAUUUAUGUUUUGUGUUUUUCUGCAUAUUUUAUGCAUAUAAACAAAUGUAAUGGCCGGAUUUAUACAUUUCUUAUUUAAGCCAUAGUACUCCGGUGUGGAUUUGGUCAAAUCAAAAAAUAUUAAAUCUGACCUUUUUGUACAGCGUUUCUCAUACUUUAGACUGCAAGCUUGUGCACUGUGAAUGCGUGAAUAUCCUAGUGUGAAUACGUGUUCUUUGUCAUAGAAUUAAAAUAUGCAUAGUUUGGUUGUGAAAGGUAUAGCUACUAGUACAGACAACAAAAAAGUUCCAUGAAAAACCAUGAAAGCAAUGAGCAGACGAAAACAAGAAAACACAAUAAGAAGACGGUGCCUUCUGAAACGUCAAAAUGGCAGCACGCGUUCCAUCCUGCUCAGUGUCUGCCUGUUCUAGGAGGUGACAGCAUAAGGUUUCGUGUCCUAGUUCUGUCCAUUGCCAUUCCUUCACUACACAGUCCAAGGAAAACACACAGGAAGAGUACUGACAAUGUAACUGGUUUGUAAACUGUGAAAUGACUAAACCGCUGCGUCAUUGUGUUAGUGCAUAAACUCAGCUUGGGGGGGGGGGUGAAAAUGGAGGUGGUCAGUUGUGUCCACAUCGUUUUCACACGGCUCCUCAUUCACUGGUUCUCCAUGUGACUAAUGCAAAAUAAAAUGUUAUCCCCAAACAAACAAGGAAAAACAACAUCCAUUCCAAUGAUUUGGGGCGGCAGCGUAGCCGAGUGGUUAGAGCGUUGGACUAGUAACCGGAAAGUUGCAAGUUCAAACCCCCGAGCUGACAAGGUACAAAUUUGUCGUUCUGCCCCUGAACAGGCAGUUAACCCACUGUUCCUAGGCCGUCAUUGAAAGUAAGAAUUUGUUCUUAACUGACUUGCCUAGUCAAAUAAAUAAAAAAUUAACUCAUGAUCACUACACCAAAAGUUAUUUCACACAAACACAACUUUGGACCUUAUCAAAUAUUUCCAAUCCCAAUUGGCUCAAAUGACUUGCAGUCACAGUUGGUCUUCAAAACCGAACAUCAUUAAUGAAGGAAAAAUUAUUUUUUUCUUGACCUGAAACAAGCAUGCAAUGUACUCUUAUCUUGGAUUUCAUUGGUGUGGCAGCACUGAAAGGUUCCUGAGAAAGGAAUUGACCAAGGCUUUAUCUGUUGUACAUUGAUCUUUUGAAGUGUUCUGUAAACUGUCUGUUCCGAACUUUUUUGUUUCCUUCAAAAUAGACAUCAAGUGCUUUUACUCCACAAGGCUCUGUAAUGUAAAGAGGUGUGUUCAAAUGACACAGUUUCUGAUUAAAUGUGUAUAAACCAUUCCUAACCAUGUAAUAAAAAAAAAGAUAUGGGUUUCUCUUGACCCCAAAAAAGCUGGACUGCUGUGGCUUUUGACCUGUAUGUUAAAAUGCUAUGAUAAUGUGGGACCAAUUCCUAUGUACGUUUACAUUGACAUUUUCAUUAGUGUACUGUGCCAUGAAACUUAUUUCAGGAAAGAAGUCGGGGGAACAAAAAAAAACGAUUUUCAAAAACUUUAGAAAUGCCAUGAGAAAGGGAAAAACGCUCUUUCUCUCUGACUUCCUGAAAGUAACCACUCACCUGACACCGUUGGCUUGGUGAAAGUGAGGUGUCACCUUAUUGCUUCCACCUCACCAAGCAUGCCAGUUUAUUUCAAGGAAUACAGGAAGUUACGGAAGCGUUUUUUCAAGUAUUUGAAUGGAGUCUAGGGCCAUGUUCAGUAUGAAAACAUUGUGGAAUGUUGCAGAUAGAAUUGCCAUGAUUAGAGAUUACGUGAUUGCUUAGUCUAUAUAAAGAUAGGUAUUUUUGUUCUACAUCAUACAUUUCUAUCUGAACAUUGGCCAAUGUUGUGACCUGCUGAACAUUGCCCAGGCAAUCCAACGAGGUUUGGAGUCUCUUACUCCGAUAGCCAAACAAAAGUUGGUAAUGUGACAUUUUCAGUCAGAUAAGGGCGUUUUCCCCACCAAGAUGUUUCCCAGAGACCUCCAUUCUCAUUCUUACCCACCAUUCCCUGCUUUUGGGGCCUUCUCUCUUGUAUACAGAUUUUUACUAAGUGAAACAUUGGUACCACCUCUCUUUCCACUGUCACUGGUGUAAAUACUGAGUACUAACCGACAAAAAAAACAGUUUGACUUUACAUUCUGUCAGAAAUUGUGUUCAAUAAAGUUAAAGGAAAAAUA